UCAAGCAUUAAACGCAAAGUUAGCUUACUGUUCAGACAAACACACAGGACGACGCAAUGAUCAACUGUGUUUAGGUUCAGGUUAAAAUACAUAGCUUCAUCUUUUUUUUUUUCAUAUCUUUUUUUGUGUCAUUGGAGGAGUUUAGUUUCCCUCUUUUUAUUCGGAGGCGGAGGAAUUUUGUAGCGUUUUUGUCAUCAUGGGGAGUCUACCUGCCCUGAUCCUUCUGCUGUCGCUUCUAAAAGUGUCGGUGUGUAUUCAGGUGAAUGUUCUUAAGCAGCAGUACAGCACAACUCUGUUUGUCCCAGUAACACUCCGUUGUGACUACGCCACCUCUGCAAAUGUCCAAGAUGUCCUCGUCACCUGGACGUUCAAGUCCUUUUGCAAGGACCCUGUGCUGGAUUACUAUUCCACAGCGUACCAGUCUGCGCUACAGUUAGGGCAGGACCCAGCAAAUGACUGUCCAGAUCGUCAGCGGACAGUGCGCACAGUGAUCCAGAAGAAAGGAACCAGCGAGCCCACACUUGGAGUAGAAUACCGUGAACGUAGGAUCACCAUCCAAAAUAAGGCAGACCUGGUGAUCUAUGAGGUGAUGUGGUGGGACAACGGGGUGUACUACUGCACUGUCAAUGCUGCUGGAGACACCUCUGGAGUCUCUGACAAAGAAAUCCAACUCAUAGUUUACGGCUGGUUGACAGCGUUGCUCAUUAUCAUCGGCAUUCUCCUUCUGAUGAUCCUCUUCUGUGUCUGCUGCUGCCAGUGUUGCCCUCAAAAAUGCUGCUGCUAUGUGCGCUGUCCCUGCUGCCCACAGCAAUGCUGCUGUCCUGAAAAAGCUGUGAUGCGGCAUCGUAUGAUGAAGGAUGCUCAGAGGGCCAUGGCUCCUUGGUUAGGAGGACAGCCGGGAUAUGCACCAAUGAGCCACGCCUCCUCCCAGAUGAACCCACUGCUCUACUCAGGAUCUGUUUCAGGGAAGAACAUCCCAAUGAACCCUUUGCCCCUCCCUCCUCCUCAGUCAUUAUCUUACAGCAUGCCCCCUCCAAGUGUCCAUGGCAACCACACCCCUGCCAACACCAAUCAAAUGCUUGAUUACCUGGAGGGCCAGGUGAAGGGGAUAGACAUGACCAGUCCUCUGCUACAGCAACCUCCACCCCAGCACAUGCAGCACAUGCCACCUCCUCCUCAGCACACGCAGUACAUGCAGCACAUGCAGCACAUGCCACCUCCUCCCCAGCACAUGCAACCCAACGGCCCAUUUUCCCAUGGCCCUCCCAGCAUAAUCUCUGGUCUUGAUGAAGGCCCAGUAGAGCGUCGCAUCAUCACACUUCCACCAAUAAGAGAGCAACCACUGGGCAGAAUGCCACCCUCUGCGCCCAAGUCUCGCCCCCCAAGCUCCAGCGAGAGCAGCCGAAGUGGCUUUGGCCGUCGAGAUGAGCAAGGACCAAUGGGCAGCCGUUACCCCUCAUCCACUCAGUCUAGAGGUGCUCUCAGGAGCUACAGCGAGGAGUCACUUGAUGGGCGGAGUCGCAGCGGGUUACGAGGGAGCGUGAACCGCCCCCGCUCCCGUUCCAGAGAUGACCUGUUUGACAGCAGGUCCAGAGGAAACUACUCUCCCCCAGCAUCAAGGCACUCGAGAAGAGGGUCCUGGAGCUCAGAUGAUGAAGGCAGCAGCAGGAGAGGAGGAGGAGGUGGAGGCUGGACUGACAAGCCUCCCAACUACACAGAGUAUGAGCCUGGACAGAAACCAGGAGCACGGAGGAAUGAACGCUUCUCUGACAAGAGUUCUCGCAGUGGCACCAGUGUCGUCAUUUGAGCCCUCCAGCUGUGAAACGACCUCUGUUUCAGAGAACCUCACCAGAAUUGGGAGCCUUGUUGUCUUUUAAAUGUUUAAAUGCCACCAUUUUUAUGUAUUUAAAUGAAUCAUGAAGUGACUCUUUUAUUUCCUUAUUUGAUAAGUGAAAAGCUGGCAGAAGGAUUCAUUAAAAAAUGAAGACAUUUGGACAUCUGAACAGAAAAUUUGGGAAAAUUUCUCCCUCUGCUGGUUUAUCAGUGUACUGAAAACAUUUUGAGGACUAGAAGCCCCCUGUUAUAUUAUUCUCAUAUGAGGCUUUAAAUUGAUGUUAUUCCUAUUAAAAAUCUUUGUUCAGCAGUUACACAGGUAAUUCUUUUAUCCAACCAUAAUAGGUUGAAUAAAUAACUCUCAGGGCCAGUAAAUAAACAAAUCACAAUUGUUAUAUCAUUAACCUAGAGCUAUUUAAACCCACAUAAAUAUGAAUAGAUUCUUGUGAGUGCGGAAAUUACUUUGUAGCUUUAUCAUUUUUGUAAAUAGUUGUCUUUCAUAUCUCCUGGAUGAGUUGAAGUAACUAGAGUGUAUUUGUUUAGCAUUAACAUUAGCCUUUGUUCAGAAAAUGAUUGUGUUUUUAAACCUUUGUACAAAAGAUGAAUGAAGUAUUUACACUUUCUUAUAAAGAACUGCAAACACUGUGUGUAAAUAAGCAAGUUACAGGGUGUUGCUGUUAGAAAUUAAGUAAAGUCAACAAUGUUACAGGCCCAAAGUAAAAAAAAUUUUCUUUAUAGAUUAUGGUUGUCAGCAAAUUAUGAAAAUGUAAUUCUAUUUUUUUUUUUUCUCAGUGUACAGCUCUGGAAAUUUCUGUUUCCCCCUUUUUGCUAGUAUCCCUGUGUUUUAGAAGUACAUUUUGAACUAAAAAUCACUUACACAUGAAAUUAAAGUUGUUGACGUCUA